AUGAGCACAGAGACAAAACCAGAUUUAAGGAUCCUCGAGUUCUUCAGUGGAAUUGGUGGCCUUCGAGCGUCUCUGGAGCGGUCAAAGGUACACACGAACACGACCUUUUGUGCAAUAGAUAUCAAUGAAAUAGCGAAUACGAUUUAUGAAGGAAACUACAAGGAAAAGGUAGUGGUGAAGAACUUGGAUACCGUGAGUGUCGAGUGGAUUGAAGAGAAACGAGCGAAUGUCUGGUUCAUGAGUCCCCCAUGCCAACCAUAUAACAAUUCGAUUAUGUCGAAACAUAAAGACAUCGACGACCCACGUGCAAAGAGUGUGUUACAUUUGUAUCGAGAUGUUCUUAAAAACAUGGAGAACAAGCCGGAACACAUCUUCAUUGAGAACGUCCCACUCUUUAAAGAGUCACUUGUCUUCAAAGACAUCAUGUGUGUGUUGAACGAACUUGAAUAUCACAUCCAAGACAUCGUCAUCUCGCCACACCAAAUUGGUAUACCAAACAGUCGGACUCGAUAUUAUGUGAUGGCUCGGAAAACAAAAUUUGAGACGCCAUGUACCUUUGUGAAGUACGAGAAUGUGUCCGUCAGCACAUUUCUUGAGAACACCGUCGAUGUUAACUUUGAAGUGAAGAAGGAAUUGUUGUUGAAGAAGGGAAUGCUCUUUGAUAUCGUUGGUGUGAAGAGCCAAAGAACGUGUUGCUUCACAAAGUCAUACACGAAAAUAGUUGAAGGAACCGGAUCGAUAUUAGCACCACAAGUCGACACUUUUGAGAGUGUGAAGAAGGCAGAAGACUUAUUAAACCUACAUUUGAGGUACUUCACCCCAACUGAAAUUAAAAGAAUUCAUGGGUUUCCAGAAACAUUUACAACAAACGUCGCCGGCGUCUCGGAGAAAGGGCAAUAUCAAUGUCUUGGGAAUAGUGUUUCGUGUUAUGUUAUAUCACAAUUAAUGGAGCAUCUUUUUUCUGAUAUGAAAUAA